UUGGCUUGUAACAAUAAAACUAUUAGAAACAAAACUGUCGUCUUUAGAUUGAUGUAAGCCAAGGCGGAGAAAAAUACUCGUUCAGUAGAAUCCGCGUGGAGGCGCUCAAGUGCGCGAAUGCGUUACAUAAGGAAGGCAUUAGACGAGGUGACGUCAUUGGACUCUUUCUCCCGAAUUCGUGCCAACAGAAGAUUCUUGUAUUGUCGCUUGCUUUGUGUGGAGCUACCAUCGUCCCUAUCAAUAUUCUUUACACCAAAGAUGAGGUUGAACGACAAAUGCAAAUCAUUGAACCAAAGCAGAUCUUCACAACAUCUGACCAGUUAAACAAACUCGAGUCUUGUUCAACAAACGCGAAGAUCCACAUAUUCGGUCCGAACGAAAGUGAGAAAAUUUAUCCAAAGUUUCUGAAAAACGGUUCUGAUAAAGGUGAACAAAGUUUAGGAGUUUACUUGGAUGGUGAAAUCGACAUUUACAACGAUGACUUGUUUCUGUUUUGUUCAAGUGGAACAACCGGCCCACCAAAGCUGAUACAGAUUACCAACUAUAGCUUGGUGGCUACAACCCUCUAUACAAAAAUAUCCCUUAAACGAAGCAAUACAAGUGUUGCGUUGUCUGUUACCCCUAUGUUUCACAUUGGUUCGGUAAUGGCAACAUUCCCACCUUUAACGCAAGGUUGCUGCCAGGUUUAUCUUUCCGAACACAAGGUUACUGACCUAUUGCAAGCAAUACAUAGUUACAAGGUCACACACUUGACAGUAUUCGCAUCACAUUUCUUGGAGCUUGUAAAAUCUGACCUGGUUCAAAACUAUGACGUUUCCAGUCUCGUAGAAAUCGCGACGGGAGCUUCUCCGACUUCUGAUGAAGUUAAACUUCUUGCCAAGAACAAGUUUGGACUUAAAGCAGUCACCGAGAUUUAUGGAAUGAGCGAAGUCGCCCCUGUCUGCGUAACUGAUCCAAUUUUAUCAAAGUCGGGAUCUGUUGGAUUUCUUCUCCCAAACACCAAAAUGAAGGUUGUCGACAUUGAUACAAGGAAGAAGCUUGGACCUCGUGAGAAUGGUGAACUCUUGUUCAAAGGACCACAGGUGGCGAAAGGGUAUUACAAAAACCCUGAAGCAACAAAGAAUAUGUUUGAUGGGGAAGGAUGGUUGAAGUCGGGUGAUAUGGGAUACUUUGAUGAAGAUGGGAAUCUUUAUAUCACUGAUCGUAUCAAGGAUGUUAUUAAAGUUCAUGGAGUGCAGGUGUCUUCUGUUGAAAUUGAAUCCGUCCUAACCGAACAUCCAAAAAUCUCUGCAGUCGGGGUUAUUGGGGUCCCUGAUGACGUGGGUAAUGCUGGGGAACUCCCUAAAGCUUACAUUGAGAAAAAAGAAGCAAAUUUAACAACGGAAGAAAUUCAUCAAUUUCUUGAAGAUAAGUUGGCAGAUUAUAAACAGCUACGAGGUGGUGUCAUGUUCGUGGACUCCCUACCAAGAGGUGGAAGUGGAAAGAUACAAAAACGAGUCCUCCGAGAAAUUGAUCUUCAAUCUCGUGAUGAUCCUCAGUAGUUUUGAUGCUGUUACUAAACCAUGCUUGAUGUGUAAAUAA